UCUGCUCCUUCACUCGUAUAAAACAGAUGAGAAAGCGCUGCAAUUCAUUCAAGCAGAAAAGAUGUUCUACGAGGUGGCAUUGAUUGAACUCACCGCUCUGCAAGGAAGCACAGGCUCUCAAGAGGACAGUACACUGGGUUCUCCAGGAUGGCUCUCCCAAGAGGAGUUAUCAGAACAGGCCUCGCAGGCGCAGGAUCUUGAGAGGCUGGCCCAACUUUGCAUCAUGAGUAAAAGGCCCCAUCUUGCUUUAGAGUACAGCGGCAAGGCCACAAAAAUACACCAACGAGCAUUUGGUAAUGAUCACCCCAUCACAGCCAGGAGCCUGGAGCUACUGGGCACUGUCUAUGCUGAGAUUGGCAAGACUGAAUACUCAGACUCUUUGGGUCAGUGUGUGUCAGUUCUGUCAAAAACAUCCUCUGCCCCUGAGUCAUACAACAACACACUCAACAGUUUUACUCUCGGUGAUAAAGAUUCUGGGCUCUGGCACAGAAAAGACCCACAUCCUCCAUCAGACACUCUAAAACCAAAGGUGAUCAACUGUAAGAUUCCCACCUCCAUCCUAAAGAGGACCAAUGAGCCAUUCUCAACUCAGCGGCGGAAAACAGAGAGGCAUGUUCAUUUCAGUGAACCAGAGAUUACGGUUCACGACAUUCCAUACUAUGACUGCUUAGCAGGAUAUGACUCAUCUCAGAGCCGUCCCCACCUGGCACUUCUUACAUGCUUAUUCUUGCUGCUCUCAGCAUUGGGUUUAGCUCUGUACUGCACACACCGCCGGCGGCCCCAUCGCGCCUGUGAGGAACUACAAGCAGCACUCGCUGUCUAUCUGCUGCGGUUCAAACAAAUCCUGUGGGGCUGCUGGAUUUGGCUGACCAUGCAGUGACCAGUGGUAUCAAUAUUCUCCAUCAAUGCACCCAUGACUACAGAAAACUAGACAAUGGCAUAGAAAAGACUACAAAGCUGAGAAUCAAUUUCUUGGGACAACAUUGGAAUAAUGGGCAGUUAAAAUAAGACCCUUUAUUUGAUGCUCCCCACCCUGGGACAGAAAAUGCCUUCAAAAUUCACUCAUGAAAUAUAGUUAACUUUUGCAUGCCAUCCACAGAUGGCAUUCUUACGCCCUUUAUGACUUUAAUGCCAUAUCCACAUUUUUAGUGAGAGGCAGAUACAUUUCAAAUCUAUAGAGCAGUCCUUGUCGCAGUUUUGGUUAGACCAUAUUUCUGUUUCUAAUCAUGUCUGUUGCCACCUGUUCAAAGAAUAUUCAUAUGAAUCAUCAAACGAAAUUGUAAUGUAUUUAAAUUAGAUGGUAGAUUGUAUAUUGAUUUAAAGAACAAAGUUGAAUGUCAAACCCAGUCACACACCUGCAAAUAUGUUUCUCCAUAAAUGUUGACAUUUUUUCUUUUGUUCAUAUAGAAUGCAAAACACUAUUUCAAUAUUAACCCAAUAUUUUUUGAAUGUAAAUGUGUAAAUAGAAAAUAUUAAUGACUUUCACCUAAGUAAUCCAUCUUAUUGUACACAUUGUAUUUGAAUGUACAUAGUAUUAUGAAUAACACUCAAUACUCAAUAUAACUCAGUUUCACAAGAUAAACUAUGGUGUAAAGUUAAGCACAAUGUUUCCAUCUUUUACAUUUACUAAGAAAGUGAAACAAGACUGUUUCACAGCGUAGCCAGCCAUAUCGUCUGCUAAGCCAGAUAUACUUCAUAAUUUAAAGGGCAAGGAAAUUUUUUCUUUACAAAAAUCCAGAUCCGUCGAUUUGAAUUAUUUCUCUGUUCCCGUCAAUUGAGUUUAAUUUUGCGAGAACCAACUCA